CCCUCUUCACCCCUGCCGAGAAAAUGACUUUCUCUCAAAGUUGUUGCUGGCCUCGAAGUCCCGCUCUCAGACUUGAAGAUCCCCGCGCCAACACAUCAUGCUGGGUAGGUUCAGCCGUGAGCAGCGACGGCAACCCUCAGAACGCGACAGAAAGGUUCCGUGAAACGACCAUUACGAGUCAACGAUACUUCCAUAACACAGUCAACGUACACAAAGCGAAGGAGGUGUAAGAAUCACAGCAGAAAGAUGGCGGACGAACGACAGGACGAAUGCUCGGAUGCCACCUCCACGAUACCCGUUUCCCGCCGCGGAGGAUGUUGCUGCGGCUCGUGUCGUAAGAAGAGGCGUUCACACAAGAAGUCGAGGAAUGGGUGCCAUAACUGCAAGAGGAGAAAGGUCAAGUGUGACGAGGUCCAUCCACAAUGUGGGAACUGCGAAAGGUUCUCGAUGACUUGCGAUUAUCCAGAUUCCGCCGAGGGCUCAAGAACACCGCGGAAUCUUGAGGAAAUCGACGCUCCCAGGAAACGGAGAAGACAGCUUGCCGUCACGGACUUGCCCACUCCGACCGCCUCCGAGUCAGAAGCAGGACCAAGCCCCCUCCCACCGGUCGACGAUGUCGAGUGCAGCAAACAUGUCCCGUACAUUCUCGACACCCAAAGCCUCGAGCUCCUCCAUUACUACAUGUGCCACACGUCUACGACGCUCGGAGACGCACAGGUCUUUCGGGACGUGGUCCCUGCCCUCGGCUUCAAGCAUGACUGCGUUCUGCGCAUGAUCCUGUCCAUCACGUCCAGGCAUCUCACGCGAAUCCGGCCCGACCAGGCCACGUACUAUCACAGCCUGGCAGACGAUCACGCCGCCGCGGCGUUCCCAGAGGUCACCGCCAUGCUGACGCAGGUCAACGAGGAUAACUCGCAGGCGCUCUACUACGCCACAGUACUCAUAUGCUUGUCUUCGCUUGCUAGAGAGCCGAGUCUUGGGAACCUACUCGUCAUCGCGGAGGAUGGAGAGGUCCCGUGGUGGGCGCUCAUGCGGGGGGUCCGGAUCGUCCUCGAUGUUGUCGGCAUCAACAGAAUAAUGGCAGACACUUACAAGGCAUUGCUCGCCGGGACGUCCGUCUGGGAGGACCGCGCCUUUCCUCCCACUGUCGCGGAAACGGAGGAGCUGCAAUGGGAGCGAGCUCUGGCCGAGGUGGCAACUCUCGUCGCCGACAUGUUCGCCCCGGACGAAAGACCCCACAAUGCCGCUCUCGGGCAGUUGCGAGAGCGUUACGAGUUUGUCUUUGGGGGGAGCUCGGCUGAACCCGUGGCCGACGAUGGGAAAACGUUCACUAUCAUCUUUGCCUGGCUCUUUUUGAUUGAAGAGGACUUCGUGUCCUCGCUGGAGACCGGGCAUCCCGCCGCUCUACUUCUUCUGGCAUAUUAUGGCGUCCUGCUGCGCAAGAUUGAGCACCACUGGUUCAUGGCUGGCUGGCCGCUCCAGAUCGUGACUGGAGUUUCCAGGUUGCUGGACUCGCAAUACGUGAAUCUGCUCCAAUGGCCAAUGGAGCAGGUCGGUCUCGCUGGGGUCGCAGACGAGCCGCAGCUGUGAUAGUGUGCCCGUGGAUGGCUUAAUGACUUCUAACAUUGCCUGCUGUGGCCAUCGGCCUUUCGCCCCUGUUGUACAAGGCCAAAUUCAGGUUUCGUCAUCUGCUCCUAUU